AUGGCCCAAGAAGCACCCCGGGUUCGAGCACUGUCUCUGCUUGAGAGCCUUCCGGUGGAGAUACAACAGAAGAUCUUCCUGCAUUGCCUCGAGAUCAAUCUCCCCAGAAGCUCCAUCCAUCUGGCCCGGGCUCUAUCCAGCCCCAUCCUCUACACCUGGCUUAUCCGCCUUGCCUUCAGCAGCUCGAACGAGAGCUCCAAGAACGGCAUCUUCACCCCGGAUUUCCUCCCUCCCCCGCUUGACUUCUUUGCGCUCUCCGUUGAAGAGCGACGGGAGCUCCAACGCACCAUCCUCAAUUGCCGCUGGUGCACCCUGGAGCUGAUGCGCAAGUGUCAACGAGAAUACAUUGAACAUGUCAUCCGCUCUCAGUGUCGAGACAUGGUGUUCAGCCCCGAAGACGAACACGUCAUCCGUAACAUCGCUGAUCACUUCGACGACCUCACCCGCUACGACCAGGGCCACCGCGGCCAGAUGGGGAAGGGUGAUCUGAUCAUCCGAGCCAGACACCGCGAUACAAGCGCGGAGUAUCGAGUCGCGAUGUGGUUCCAUUUCGGCGCCUUCCAGAUCCGCGCACCUGGUCCGAUCCACACUGAUCUUGACAUCUUCCGACUCCCGUCUUGUGCGGGUAGAUCGCCCUCGCGCAUGCCGGACAAGCUGCUCUGCCACCCGUGGACGGACGAAAAGGUCGAGCUCCUGAGAUUGCUGGUCACAGAGGUCUACGUCGAUGACGACGAGAAGCAUGAGCGCUCUGGGCGGGUGCUCCGCCAGCUCAUCCGAAGCCGUGACUACGGCACGUUUGAGAUCCUGGUGGAACUGUUCAUCCGGGUGCGGGUGUACCGGUAUCCCAUCCGCUGGCCUGUGCUUCCGAUGCACUUCAAGGCCGCUUUGAAGUAUGCGAAUCCGGCAGAUGAUCCCUUCCUGGCGUUUCUGGUGCAGAAGCGCUGGGACGACAUACCCUGGCAUGAGACGAAACUGAAAGAGGAACUGAUGGCGAGAACUCCUCAGAUAUCGAUUCCAAGACUCUACGAAUGA